AUGUGUUUGCUAUUAACCAUCUUCGUCAACCGCCGAGAGCGGCGACCCUCGAAGAGCAAAAGCGACUCGAAUGACAAGCUGCGCAAACUCGACGCCGUCUCGCCCACGCGCACGCUGGAAGAAUGGUGGUCCAAGGCGAAAGGGCCGCUACUUCCCUCCGACUGUGUCGACGGACAAUUUAUGUGCGUUGUCUGCCUCGAGUCGGUGCUACGUUCCCAAGAGAUCCGCGAACUCAAGUGCCUGCAUGUUUUCCACAAGGAGUGUCUGGAGAAAUGGUACUUGCAAGACCAUUUCAACUGCCCUCUCUGCCACCGGGCCUAUUACAUUCAAGAGACCCAUCCCAGUAAUGAUUUUGUAUGGAUGGUAUGA